CUGUGCUUCUGACGUUUCUUUGCAGUAAAAGUGGGGGAGAUCAAGUCCACGGACAUUUCCCUGUUGGCAUCGGUUUUUAUGCACUGUAUCAAAGUAGUGUGUAAAAUGUUUAUAAUUAAUUCAAUAAAUUAAAAGUGAAUACGUAUAUCUUGAAGUACUUAACACAUCACAAUGGCUAGUUCAUUGGAUCCCAAUGUGGAAAGUAUUAAACAGCUGACAACUCAAUUGAACAUUGCUAGGAAUGAAAUAAACAACUUGAGACAGCAAAUUAAAGUACUUACACAUGUCAAUCGAAAGGAUUAUGAAGCAGUGCAGCAAAAGUUACAAGAUUGGAAAUGUUCUGCUUGUUCAAAUGAGCAAAACACCAAUGGGCCACUGCUACAAUCAACAAGUUCUGAUUUACCACUGAAUUAUAUUGGGAAGAUACAUACACAGUUUCCUGAAAAGCGGGCAACACCGCGUCAGACUGGAAUUUGCACACAACUGCAAGCAAAACUUACACUGAACAAUUCAGUGUUAACCAACCCAGAACAUGCUUUACAAGGAUUGGAGGAAUUUUCUCAUAUGUGGGUAAUAUUUCAUUUUCAUCAAAAUGAAUCCACUCAUGUGAGAGCGAAGGUGGCACCACCUAGAUUAAAUGGAAGAAGAACAGGGGUAUUUGCUACAAGAUCACCACACAGACCUUGUCCUAUUGGAUUGUCAUUAGUUAAAAUUGAUAGAAUUGUAGAUAAUGCAAUUUACUUUUCUGGAGUUGACAUGAUAGACCAAACACCAGUGUUAGAUAUAAAGCCAUAUAUUCCACAAUAUGACAGCCCAUCAAUGAAUGCACAAGCACAAGUGGUUUUAGAUAAUUCUGGUCUGUCUGAUUACUUGCUUGAUGAUGAGACAAGUGCGUCAGAUAUUAGUGAGGGCAUUGAUAACUUAAAUGUGCGCAUCAUGGAUGGAGAGGAAUUUGGCAAUGAUUCAACUUUGUUGCAAGAACGUGCAACUACACACACUGAUUUGGAAGCAAUGCAUGGUAGAGCAUCACGCAUUGGUGAAAGAGAAGCUCCUGAUGGAGAGGAGAACGAAGAGGCUCAACGACCGAUUACCACAAGCCGGUCUUCCGAGAAUAUAGUUAGAAUUCCGACUUGGAUAGACGAUCAACACACUCAUCAAUUAGCUGUAUACUUUAAGGAUUCAGCAAUACAACAGCUUAUACAAUUUGGUGAGGCAGAAGCUGAUGAAAAAUUACAAACGAUUAAUACUGUUCUUAAAGAGGAUCCACGAUCGGUUUACUUAAGGCAUAGACUUGGCACGAAUUGUUAUGUAUUCCGCAUUGCGAUGCUUUAUGUGUUUUGUAAGUUUAAUGAUGUUGAGAGGUCUGUCACUGUUUUUAAGGUUUCCCAAAGUGCAGAAGAUGUUUAGCUACUUUAAUCUUAGUACUAUGAAAUGAAAUUUAUUUAUUACGAAAUGAAGCAGUGAAGGUGACUAUAUAGUAUAUCUAAUAAUACUGUGUUAGAUUAAACGAAUAUGAUUGAAA